UAAGGUCCUCACUAUGUAGCUGCAACUUCGUGAUCUGGGAAAAGAUUGGUAAAACGCAGCAAAAAGCUCGCGGGUGAGAAAAUAAACACUCAAACAUUCAAAAUAUGUCUCACCCAGAGUGAGUGCGACCUAUCUAGGCAGCUCCGACACUUGUUUUUAUUUUUUUCGCGAGCAUCAAGCUGCAAUUGUUUUUUAUGCAGCUGUCGGGACCCGGCAGUCGGUUCCUUACUUUGAAGUGCGCUGCUCCAGCCUGUCGGCUCAGUUGGUGUUGGAGUCGCCUACAGGAGAGACCUACCGUGCGGCAUGGCAGCCUGAAACCAUAGGGAGGAGAAAAGGAGGAGGGAGAAAAGCGGUAUUUUUUUUUCCUCUCGAGUGCAUUUUUCUCUCCGUAAACCGACUCAAACCUGAACGGACUGUAUGUGGACGCGUCGCGGAGGCAAACACUGUGGAUUAUACGCGCUUUUCUCUCUCUUAAUGGUGGAUAAAACCAAAAACAACUGGAGUUUAAUUUGAGGAGAGAACUCGCGGAUCGAUGAGAGAAGACAGGCAGCCAGAGAGAAGCUCCCCCGCUGACAUAAGAGAGUGAGGAGAUUACAGUAGAAGCUCAGAGGAGGCGAACAACACACAGGCUCUCUCCUGCUGCCUGCAGAGCCAUGAGCCGGGCGCUUAUGGACCAUAUCGCCAGUAGUUUCCGAGAAGAUGCUCCUCGACCCCCGGUGCCGGGGGAGGAGGGCGAGGCGCCCUGCUACCCCGGCAAACUCGCGAUGAUGAAACCCCUGGAACCCCCUAAAUCGGUUUUGCUCGGCUCGCCGGGCUCCUCGGCGAGGAGGAACGAGGAUGGUCUUGGGGAGCCCGAGGGGAGUGCCUCCCCGGAUUCACCGCUUUCCCGGUGGACAAAGUCUUUGCACUCUCUCCUCGGGGACCAGGACGGUGCCCUUCUUUUUAGGACAUUCCUGGAGCGAGAGAAAUGUGUCGAUACUUUAGACUUCUGGUUCGCCUGCAAUGGCUUCAGGCAAAUGGACCUCAAGGAUACCAAAACGCAGAGAGUCGCCAAAGCAAUUUACAAGCGCUACAUCGAGAACAACAGCAUUGUCGCCAAACAGCUCAAGCCCGCGACUAAGACCUUCAUACGGGAUAAUAUCAAGAAGCAGCACAUAGACUCUGCGAUGUUUGACCAGGCGCAGACGGAGAUCCAAACCAACAUGGAGGAGAACGCGUAUCAGAUGUUUCUGACCUCUGACAUUUACCUCGAGUACGUGAGGACCGGGGGAGAAAACCCGAAUCACGUCAACUCGAACGGCUUGGGCGACCUGAAAGUUGUCUGUGGAUACCUGCCCACGCUCAAUGAAGAGGAGGAGUGGAGUUGUGAUUUCAAAGCCAAAGCGCUGGUUGAAUUGUCGGCGAAGGCGCAGAGGGCCACCGUGUCCAUGAGGGCAGUGGAGGUGAUGGAAAGGGGAUACAGAUCAUACAAGAGAGGAGACUCACUCAACCCCUGCCAUGUGGGCUCUUUCGCCCCCGUCAGCAGCACCAACGACAGCGAGGUGUCCAGUGACGCCUUGACCGAUGAUGCCAUGUCUGUGACUGACAGCAGUGUAGAUGGCAUCCCUCCGUAUAAACUGGGCUCAAAGAAACAGCUACAGAGAGAGAUGCAGCGCAACAUGAGGAUGAACAGCCAAGUCUCUCUGCCUGCUUUCCCUCGUACUCGCCGUCCUCCCAAGGAGAUGGUCCCAAUGGAGCCGUCAGAGUUUGCAGCCCAGCUCAUCUCCCGCCUGGAGAGCUUAAAGAGAAAGCAGGACACCAUCAACUCUCUGGAGGAGAAGCUGCAGCAGAUUGAGGAGGAGGAGGAAAAGGAAGACACUGAGAUCAUGGGAAGUGCUCCACAGCUCUCUCCCCACCCCUUGACCCUCCUCCCUGGCUCCUCUGAUGAGGACCCCCAGGCGAUUCUGGAUGAGCACCUGUCUCGCGUCCUGAAGACCCCCGGCUGCCAGUCCCCCGCUGUCAUCCGCCACUCGCCUCGCUCCAGCUCCCCGGAGCAUAGACCCAUUGCGCGGGCAGGUUUCGGAAUCAAGGCCCUGGUUAGGACGGGGCCCUCCAGUUCCUCUGUCUCUAGUCCCGACCAGGCGGCUAUCACUCUGGCCUUGGGCCCCAACAGGACCCUCGUCAGCAGGCAGAGCACAAAACACAUCCACCACCACUACAUCCACCACCAUGCCAGUCCCAAGACCAAGGAGCAGAUUGAAAGGGAGGCAGCCCUCAGGGUGCACGGCCUGUGCUCCAGCAGUGGCGAGUGCCAGCCCUGCCAGCCUUACCAGCGCAGCCGCAGCCUAGGCAGAGAGAUGUGUGGGGCCGUCUCAGCAGACAACAGCAUAGGGCGUUCCAGCUCUCUGUCCAGGCGUGUUUGUCGCUCAGGGGCUGAGGAUGGAGUAGCAGAGAGGUGUAUGGAUGACUGCGGGCCCUUACAGCUGCCCAGCGACACAACAGACCCCACUCAGAAUGUGCUGCAGUGGAUCCUGGAAAGCAAACGGCAAGGCAGGCACAAGUCUCACAGUAACCAGAGCACCAAGAAAUCCUUCGGUGGCACCUCUACGCAGACGCACACGUGGGGCGGUGGCGGAAGCUGUGGCCAUCUACGUAGCCACCAGCCAGCCCAGCCGUUCAUCCAGGACCCAGCCAUGCCUCCCCUGCCCCCUCCCAACACUUUGGCCCAGCUGGAGGAGGCCUGCCGAAGACUGGAGGAGGUCUCCACCAAGACCACCAAGCAAAGGCAUUCAACGUCCAGUCUUCAGCAGGAGAAGGGCCACCUAGUGCCUGUCCAGGGUGAGGGGUCCGUCCCUCUGUCUCUAGCCACUCCCAGCCCUGCUGGCCUCCUCACAACCAGCCCCGGUCUCCAAUCAGAAGAGAUGAAGGAGUGUAAAAAGGCUUUAGGAGGCGAGACGGUGGUGACGUAUUUCUUCUGUGGUGAGGAGAUCCCCUACCGGAGGAACAUGAAGAGCCACAGUCUCACCCUGGGCCACUUCAAGGAGCAGCUCCGCAAGAAGGGCAAUUACAGGUACUACUUCAAGAAGGCCAGCGAUGAGUUCGCGUGCGGCGCUGUGUUUGAGGAGGUGUCAGACGACAGCUCCUUGCUGCCCACCUACGAGGGCAAGAUCCUGGGCAAGGUGGAGAGGAUGGAGUGAGACCCUUCCCGAUGUUGUGGAUUAUACGUAUGCUUCACACCUCCAUGGAUGUACUCCCGUCACAUGCUCACACACACACACACACACACACACACACACACACACAGUAUGUGUCUUUUAAGCUAAGACUGUCGGACUGGAGAUGGCGUUGAAGGAAUGUCAACAAGGUUUUGGGCAAACGGACUGGAUGGAGAGGAAAAACGACGGAGGACGUGUUAUCGCUAUUACAGGACUAUCAUAUGAACAGCCCACCUUGAAGUGAAGAAAACAAAAGACUGUGUUGCUGGACUGAAACAUCUCCAUGUUUCCAGAAGAGAAAACUCUAGAGACUCUAGGUGAAUGACCACUCCUCAAAGAAGCGGGGCGGUGGGUUCAAACUUGAGACUGACAGCCUACCUGACCCUGCCUGUGCUAGCGUCUGCCCGUGGGCACUUGCUAGCACAAUGCUUAUAUGUAUAUGCAGAUAUACAUGUACAUUGCAUUGUAUUGUGAUGCUCGUAUUGCUGUGUAAAGAUUUCUAUUGCUAUUUAUUGGAAAUAUCCCCGCCCCAACCCUGUUAUUCCUCCAUGGACAAGCUGCUUGAAGUUGGAGAAACUUCUCCAAUUUUCCACAUCCGUGAUUUUUUUUUUUUUUUUCUUUCCCUUCUGAGCAUCAGUUCUCAAGCAAAGGAAAUGGGUUUUAUUCAUUUUCUGCCCCUCAUAUUGAACUGUAAACUUCAAAAAUACCUCUUCAAAAAAUCCACUCCUGUUCCUGGAGAUUUAGCGGGACAUCAUCUCUGAUCUCUUGGCUGGAGAGCUUACUGCUGAAGCUUUGAGAAAUGGCUCUCUAUCACUUAAAGUUUGAUAAUAUAUUUACUACUGCAGUGCUAUUUGUGGCCGUGUCCCCAUCUGCUCUGAGUGUACUGUGGAAAAAAAAAAGAAGAAAAGGAACAAAAAUGCUAUUAACGUUUAAUUCCCAACUCUGGGACUCUGCCCAGCUAGCCUUGAUCUGUUGCGUCUUAGUGCCUUUGUUUCAGUGGCGCAGGCAUCGCACAAAUAGCCUACGUAUUUACUAAGAGGAAACUGCCCUGAACAGGUCCUAGAGUCCCCAAAAUGUGUUUACACCAAUAUUAAUAUUUACCAACAAAAAGCUCUAUAAUGUGCUCCCCAACGUGCUUACCUAUGUGAUUGUGUGACUGAGUUGCUUUUGAGUAGGGUUACUCUGUGUGUAUUUGAAGCCUGCACUAUGAGCUGCAGAUGAUGAUGAUGAUGAUGAUGAUGGUGAUAUACACUAUGUCCAUAGUGUUUUAAUUGAGUACAGUAGCUGUGCCUACAUGGAUUCUUACCGUGUUUUACCCAGUUUUCAGGGUCUUAUUACUCCCUUGGUUUUUACAAGGGGUCUUAUGUUGAAAAGAUAUUUUUAUGCCUUUUAGUAUCCGUUUCAUCAUGUUUAUGUUUUAUAAUAUUUUUCAUGGCUUCCUUGGCUCCACUUGUAAACUGUAAAUUAUGCGUUCUAUAGAGCUCAGUUGAAAAGAUGCCUCGGUACUUUAAUUAUUGUAAUUAUGAAGAGAUGUAGCCUUUAUUAAAAUGUUCUAUUUUUCAAAUUAGCAAA